AUGUCACCAUCUUCUUCAUGCAACAAUGAACAGCCAUUGAUGAAUCCAAAAUCCAAGAACAAGAAAAAGCAACCUGCUUCUGCAGAACCUCUGCCCAGGACCUCCAUUUUCAGAGGUGUUACAAGGCAUAGGCUUACAGGACGAUAUGAAGCUCAUCUGUGGGAUAAAGAAUCCUGGAAUCAGAAUCGUAAAAAGAAGGGGAAACAGAUAUAUUUGGGGGCAUAUGAUGAAGAAGAGGCUGCUGCUCGCACUUAUGAUCUUGCUGCUCUUAAGUAUUGGGGUCCGGAAACAACUCUGAAUUUUCCGCCGGAAAUGUACAAAAUCGAGAUGGAAGAAAUGCAAAAAAUGUCUAAGGAAGAAUACUUAGCCGUGUUAAGAAGGAACAGUAGUGGAUUUUCUCGAGGCGUUUCAAAAUUCCGAGGUGUAGCAAGACAUCAUCACAAUGGAAGGUGGGAGGCACGGAUUGGACGAGUCAAUGGUAACAAAUACAUAUAUCUAGGAACUUUCGGCACCCAAGAGGAUGCAGCCAGAGCAUAUGACAAAGCAGCCAUAAUGUAUCGAGGAGAAAAUGCUGUAACCAACUUUGAUAUUAGCAAUUAUACUAACUACUUCGAUGAUUCCCCACAAACUGAACAAGCUCCAUCAAAUGCUGAACUGAAUGAGAACAAUCAUGAUGAUGGCAUAAGAUCUGAACAACAAGAACAACAACAAAACGAGGAAGAAGUUGCUCAUGAAGUUAAAGAGGAGAUGUUUCCUGAAACACAUUUUGCAUCUUCAGUUGAUGAAGACCAUCCUUGGAGACAUUUUAUGGAUCCAGAACAUAUAUCUCAUCUUCCAUUUGAUGAGUCUAGUGAACGAAUGGACUUGCUUUAUGAUUAUGGCUUUGAGGCUAACCUUGACUCCAUUUUCAAAUGA